AUGUCGAGCUGGGGUCGGGGCAAGACGCAGGAGUCGUCGGACGUUGAUCUCGAGGCGCAGAACGACCAGCACCUGAACGACCUGCACAGCAAGAUCUCCCAGCUACGAAGUGUCACGACAGACAUCUACCAGGAUUCGCGGGGGCAGAACUCGUUGUUGGACAGUACAAGCAACACCUUCGACAGCUUCAAGACCUCGCUCUCCAACACCAGCACGCGCUUUGCGCGGUCCGUACAGAGCGGCAAGGGGCCAGGGCGGAUCCAGCUCGGCAUUGUCGUCGCCUUUGUCCUCCUCUUUUUCCUGUACAAGUUCUCUUCGACUCGCGGUGGAUCCCCUUGA